CAGAGUUGGGCUUCUUUCUUCCUCUCUGCUGACGAGAAGCCGGUGAACGACAACAUGCCUGCCGUAGUUAUAAUGGAUGAAAAUUAUGAUAAACUUUUAGAGCAGUGCCAAACACAGGAGCUUGAGGCUCCAGGUGGAAUUGCAACCCCUCAAGUGUAUGCCCAGCUGUUGGCGCUCUAUCUACUGCACAAUGACAUGAAUAAUGCCAGGUACCUGUGGAAGCGAAUUCCUCAAGCCAUUAAAUCGGGAAACCCAGAGCUGACGGCCGUGUGGGCCGUGGGUCAGCGCAUAUGGCAGCGAGACUUCCCAGGGAUCUACUCGGCCAUCGCAGCUCAUCAGUGGUCUGAGAACAUCCUGCCCGCCAUGGAUGCCCUGCGAGAGACCACACGUAGGAGGGCGUAUGGCCUGGUGGCCCAGGCGUACACCUCCAUCACGGCAGAAGACUUUGCAGCCUUUGUGGGCUACUCUGUGGAGGAAGCUGUGAAGGGGGUGGUGAGCCAGGGCUGGCAGGCGGACCCUGCCACCAGGAUGGUAAUGCCCCAGAAACCAGAUCUUCCCCCUGUCUCGCUGGUUCCAAACGAGCAGCAGCUGGCCAGACUCACUGACUACGUGGCUUUCCUUGAGAACUGAUCAAUUCCCUUCACCUCCGUUUGUCUGCUGUGAGGAGGACUCCAGAACGCCCCUCUUCCAGAGCUUAGAUGGACACACACACACAUACAGGACCUCAAGCUCACCCCCCUUGUGCAUGUUUGUGGUCAUGUCUCUGCAAAGGAGACACCAUGUUUUCAGAAAGAUGGGCCUCGGACUUAUGAUUAAGUUCAUACACCAACUAACUUGGUUGUUGGGCAGUCCUUAGUAAGUGGCAGUCUCAAUGUGGCAGUCUCAAUGAUUGUAGUAGUUCAUUUAAUGUUAUUUCUGUAAGUAAAACAAUACAUUUUUCACGUGCAGGUUGACAGAAUUUGAUUGUUUGCAGCCGCCCGACUAUAUGUGAAAAUCUGAGGCCGGCACCCAUCCCUAACCCGCAAAUCGGCCAAUAGAAAAUCCCCGUACAAUCAGACGGCUGAACAAUUUUUUGACGGGGUGCAGGAUUUAUUUUUUUAAUAAAUCAUUUCCAACA